AUGUGUAGGUGCUUUCCCACGUGGAGUCGCGGCGUCGGUGCCGCGGAAGAGGCGCGAAGAGGAGAGUCUGACGUGAAAAAGACGAAGAAAGAGCCGCGCGCGCCCUUGUUGUCUUUGAAAGAAUACAAAGAGAACAUGGAAGAGAAGAUGGCGCAGAAGCAGCGCGAGAAGGAGGCAAAACAGCGCGAGAAAGAAGAGAAGGAGCGCAAGCGCAAGAAGGAGGAAGAUGAGGCAUUGCGACGUUUAGUAGAGGUGAAUGUGACGCACGGCGCCGUUUCCGAAAACGAAGACGCAGAGACAAAAGGCGAGACGUUGGAACCGAAUAGCACGGAGACGACGACGGUGGACGAAGAACCCGCGCCAAGCGAGGUUUCGAUCGAAGUAGAAGGCGGGCAGCAGCAGGCGGAGACGAUGGACGGAGCGUCGACGGCGGAGACUGGCGAGCUCGCUCGCGACGCCGUGAGCGAAACGUCGCAGGCGGCGCCCGCGCCGGUCGAACCGCCCGUGAUGGAAGAAGAAGAUACCGACGGUGAAGCAACUUUCGCUGAGCUCGUGAUCAAACCUGAACGCCUCACGGAAGCAGACGCGGAGAUGUACAAUUACGCCGCGAGCUUCAACGGAGCAAAGGUGGUGGCGAGCGAUAAGGAUUCAAAACACGCGAGCGCCGCUUUGAAGGAAGAUAAAGAUGUUUAUUACAUUUCUCCAUGCGCUUCGGAAAAGUUUGUCACUGUUGAGCUGAGCGAGGAGGUGACGGUGACGAGCUUGGUUUUAGGAAACUUCGAGUUUCAUUCGUCUCGCGUCAAAGAUUUCGAAGUUUGGGGCACGGACGGGCACCACGCUAUUGAGGAAGGUUGGAAGAGACUGAUGAUUGGACGUGCGGAUAACACGCAAAACUAUCAAAAGUUUGCCGUGCCUUCGCCAGCGUGGGUGCGUUACGUACAAAUUCGCAUGACUGGUCAUCACGAUCAGCAACACUUUUGCACGUUGAGCCUGCUGCGCAUCCACGGUAAAGACGCCAAGGAGACGUUGAAAGAAGAGAUGGAGCGUUUGCAAGCGGAGGUGCAAGAGGUAGAGUCGUUAUUGUCAGACGAGGACGAGGACGAGGACGAGGACGAAGACGUGGAUGUUCGCGAAAGUUCUGCAGAAGUUGUGCUAGACGUUGAGGAGCAAAAUCGUGAGGAAACAAACGCGAGCGCUGUGGUGGGCGAAGAAAACGAGCGCGCGUCGACUGGUGACGACAGAGAUGUCUCUACUUCGAGCGAAACAGAUCACUCGGCAAAUGUCAACACAUCGAUCGCGGAGGGUGCACCGAGCGAAACGACGUCGAACUCUGAUGAGGAUGACAACGCCGCACAGGAGAGAGCGACGAAGAUUGAUGCGUCGACAACGUCUCGUCCAAAUGCGACCGCCGCGGGCGCGACCGCCGUGAACGCGACGAACUCGAACGCUACGGGCGUCGCGACGGCUAAACCCAAGAUGGCGACAUCGACGAAUGAACUCGCCAAGGGUGGCGGCGAUGCGAACGUGUUUCGGUUGCUGGCGCAGAAGAUCAAGGAUUUAGAGCUCAACCAAUCGCUUUUGUCGCGGUACGUGGAGUCGCUCAACGUGCGAUACGGCGAAACGUUGGAAGACUUCGGGAAAGAGAUUGACGAGAUUGAAGAAUCAGUGUCGAAUUCCACUGGCAAGCUCGACGAAGCCAGUCGCCAAGCGCGAGCGAGCUCGAAAGCGUGCGAUGACGCCGUCGCGCGCGUCAACGAUAGCUCCGAAAAGCUCGUCGCCGCAGCCGUGUCUGAGUUGGACGCGUAUCGCACGACUGUCGCGAAGCGGGACACCGUUCUCGCACUCGCGCUCGCGCUCACAGCAGGCGCGCUCGUGGCGUCGCGCAGAUCGUCUGGUGCGAUCGAACGCGUCUUGAGCGCGCUCUCAUCAUUCGCUUUGCUCGUCAUCGUCGUGGCGAACAUCGUCCUCAUAGCACAAAAUUUCUUGUUAAAGUCGAUGUAA